AAGAAGCAGCUACCUGGAAAAGCAGCAGGAGCAGAAUUCGAAGGUUGCCAUAGCAAUGAGCAACUGCCUUCCAGCAAGCUACUUUAGCAGCAGCAAUGAACAAGCAGUUAACCACCUUAGAUCUGUCAGAUAAUGGCUGCAGAAUCCGCAACCUCCUGGGACAACAUUGACGCCAGCUUUCCUGUGACAGAGCAGAAGUAUCCCUUUCUAUAGAAGCAGCAAAGAAUCCUGUGGCACCUAGACUAACAGAUGUUUUGCAGCAUGAGCUUUCGUGGGUGAAUACCCAUUUCGUCGGAUGCAAGAGUGGAAAUUUCCAGGGGCAGCUGUCAAGAAGAAGCCAAAUUAUGCUAACAUACAUGAGGCAGUGAAAGCCGGUGAUGUAGAACAACUCGCAUCAAUGGUAAAAAGCGGAGCCAGUAUUAAUGAGGUGGAUUUAGUCCAUAAAUUUACACCUUUGCACUGUGCAGCACACUCUGGAAGCCUAGAGUGUCUUCACUGGCUGCUGUGGCAUGGGGCUGAUAUAACAGCUUUAGCUAUAAGAGACUGGACAGCAGCUCACCUUGCUGCCAUCAGAGGUCAUGAUGCUUGUAUGCAGGCCCUUGUAAUGAAUGGAGUAAACUUAACAGCUCAAGAUGACCGAGGAUGCACUCCGUCACACCUAGCUGCUGCCCAUGGACAAUCCUACACUUUACAAACCAUACUGCGGAGUGGAAUGGAUGCAAAUGUUUCAGAUAAGAAUGACUGGAAGCCAGUUCAUUAUGCUGCUUUUCAUGGCCGCUUGGGUUGUUUGCAGCUUCUUAUUAGAUGGGGAGCUACUAUAAAUGACGUGGAUAACAAUGGAAAUCUUCCAGCUCAUCUGGCAGCAAUGGAGGGCCACCUGCAUUGUUUUAAGUUCUUGGUUAGUAAAAUGGCCAGUGUGUCUCACACCUUGAAAGCCAGGAAUGACCAUGGGGAGACCCCAAAGGACUUGGCACAGAGGUUCUAUAAGGAUAAUAUUGUGCAGUACAUCGACAGCGUGGAACAUGAGAGAGAUCAUCCAGAAGAACAGGAAAAUUUAGCAUUUCCAGCCCAUGUGGCUGCCUUCAAAGGGGACUUGGUGACACUUAGAAGAUUAGUGGAAAGUGGAAUCAUCAAUAUUAAUGAACGGGAUGAAAAGGGAUCCACUCUCAUGCACAAAGCUGCUGGACAAGGCCACAUAAGCUGCUUGCACUGGUUGAUUGAAAUGGGAGCUGAUUGUGACAUUACAAAUGAAGCUGGAGAGACUCCAAAGGAUGUAGCCAAGAGAUUCGCCCAGCUGGCAGCUGUGGAGCUUUUGAGACGGGCAAUGGGAGACGACUCUGAUGAAGAAUUAGAUGACAACGAUGUAAGGUUUUUUGACAGACAUGGCGUGGAAGGGAGCACAGACACCACGGAAGAUUUAAUUCCGGAUGAAGCAAAAAAAAGAGACGCCCGCAUAAGAGCCUACCAAAAGAUUGAAGAACUUCGGCAACUUCUAGAAAUUGCCUACAGCAACUACAAACAGCUAGGAGGAAUAACUGUAGAGGAGAGGAAGAAGAAGAAAGAAGAAAGGGAGGCUGAAAAGAUGAUUAGAGAACUGGAGGCCCAGCUAGAAUACGAACGUGUCCGUCGAGAGAAGCUGGAGCGUCAGCUGGAUGAAUACCGAGCAGAGACAAGCCACCUCAAAGAGUGUCUGGAGAAACUGCAGCUCACACCCACCAUCUCUGGGGUGAGUGUCUGCCCUCAGGAAGGUGAGGCUGCCUCUGAUUUAGGAAAAGAGAAAAAGAAAAUGAAGAAAAAGCCACCAGGCAGCCCCGGCGGAGUGUUUGUGAGACGAUACUGAGGCACGAAUGGAGCGUUGCUGUUUUGCAUCCAUCUUGGCAGACUGAGUGUUAGAGAAGGGCGUUCACACAGGAAAUGCAGUGCUCUCUAACAGUGACAGGACAAGGCCAUAUCAGACAAUACUGCCAUGAGCUAAACUCAUGCCAAACAAGGGUUACCUUUUAUUCCUGUCUGAAAGGUCUCUAUAUAAGUCAGAUUCUGAUAUUUCACUAGAGGGAGUGGAAAUGUUAUGUAAUAGCACUGGUAGAAGGCAAGCCUCAAGAUACUACAGAAGUGUGCAUAUAGUAUAUUUGCAGCUUAAUGUUGUACACCACGUAUGGUUUCUGAUCCUUGUAGUUUUAACUAGCUAUGUACCUGGUUCUUUGCUUAAAGAUAAAUCUUAGUGUGGAGAGACA